UUCGACCUGCCAUGAUGCGCGCGAGCAGAUAUUGUUCCAAAAUGCCUCAAUUCCCAUCUUCUGCCGCUACCGCGUCUUCCCUUGUUUUUCUUGCUAUUUACAUGCUUAUGCCGCCUGCGUUCCCAUUUCCACCUAUUACCGUCUUUCAAGCACAUCUUCUCGCUGCAUUCUUCACUUUCUCUUAUGUCGGAUCACUGUACAUUUCCAAGAAUGCGAGACUUAGGUUCUCUUCGAAAGCUGUUGAUACAUCAGGCGAGAUGCCACGUACAAGGGAGGAGGAGGAACGAUGGAGAGAUGACCCAGAUGUUAUAAAAGCGCGAUUGCUUGCGGCCAGCUUAAGCACCUUCGUUGAUUGUGCUGCAGUAUUUCUGCUAUUCUGGCACCUUGAUGGAGGACGAAAAGCGUUAAUUCGGGGGUCAUUGUCCGGAGUACUCAUUCGACUGGGCUUCCGGUCAUCCAAAGAUGCGGCCGAAGCCCUUCUUCCAUGUCUAACCGCACCAGCACUCUUCAUUGGACCUAUAUACGUCUGCUUUCUUUCAAGUACUUUGCCGUUCCAGAGCGAAUGGAGCGUCAGAGGUACUCUCCUACCCAUCAUCUGGUCAUGGCAGGGCUGGAGGAAUUACUUUGUCGUAGGGUCCGAUUACCGAGGAAAUCGUCUUUCGGGCAUGCAUCCUCGCCGUCUAUCACGCCGCCGGUGCGUCACGAUUCAAAAUGAUAUUUCUAUCUCCACUGUGGUUCGGCGUGGCGCACCUGCACCAUGCUUGGGACGUCUACAACCGCUACGGCCAGACGUCGGCCGCUCUCAAGCGAGCAGCGCUGACUACAUUAUUCCAGCUGGCCUACACUACGCUCUUUGGCUUUCAUUGCGCAUUCCUAUUCCUACGCACAGGAUCUUUGAUUCCACCGAUCUUGUCACAUAUUUUCUGCAACAUCAUGGGUUUGCCUGGAUUCGGUCAAGAUCUUACACACUUCCCACAUAGACGAUACCCUAUCAUCAUUGCGUAUAUCCUCGGUGUUGGCGCGUACGUCUAUACCAUCACCAACUGGACGAAUGUAAAGCAUACCAUGUAUUGGCCUAUUUUUAAUCAUGCUGCACCGUAUUGAUACCGAUGGAUUCACGAUAUCACGACCAAACUAUGUGUACAGUACAUAUUUCUGAUGUUACACAGUGCUAUUGAUUUGCACCAUUUCGAUACAGGAUCGAUGUCCCUUCGCCAAAAAGGGAAACCAGCGAGACGGCGAUGUAAAGACAUGAAAUGAACCGCGCUUUUUGUUUUUAUCUUUC